AUGCGGGUACGAUCCAAGAUUGAAGUGGCGGCCGAGACCGCUUCGCCUUCCUCCAGAUCCCAUAAUCUUCCUCCUAAACCCACUACCCCUCCUACCACACCUCCAAGAAUCCGGAAAGCACUUCCCGGGCCACGUGCUCCUCCUACCCCACCACCGUUGUCCCGAAGAAACCCUUACGGACCUCAGUACUCCAAUACAGCCCGAUCGUCCACCCCCUACCGUGCCUCCACUCCACCUCCUCCCCUUACCAUCACCGAAAUCCCUAGUCUAAUGUCCCUUCCUAUGACACCACCUCCCGCAGGAUACGAUAUACCCUCAUCCACCAACGCAUCACUCGCGUAUUGUCCAACCUCCUAUGCCCAAGCGGCUUCCGGUUCCUGUCAACAGCCUCCUCGUCCCGCAGCUCCAAACUCCCCAUCCUCCCUCUCCGACAUUGGUUCAGAACUUGCCAAUGAACGAGGAGGAAAUUCUGCUUCUGGUACGAAACAAUGGACGUGGUUGCACCGGAGUGCCCGAAAUGUUUGUCGGGAAACGCGUACGGAGGUCGGCGGGAAGGGGCGACGCAAUCUCCUCCAAAACACCGAUCCAACUUCCCGGACCCCGUGUCCUGCAACCCCCGAAAAUCCCACGAACAACCCCUAUUCCAACUCCGAAUGA